AUGUUCCGAGUUGCGAGUCGGCUAUCGCGCAAUGGCUUGCGGCAACAUCAUGUGCAAACGAGGUGGUUUCGGACGGAAAACCUAGCCUCAGAUGUAUUCACUAAAUCGACACCGAGUCUGGCCGAAAGAGCUGCGAAAUCUGAGAGUUUCCUUGCUGCUCUCAGUCCCGCGGACCGGAAAGCCGUUUCAUCGAUGCUGCGCGUAGAUCAUGCGGGAGAGAUUGCAGCUAACACCAUAUAUGAAGCACAAGCGGACGUUUUCGGAUUCCGUGGAGAUCAAGUGACAAAAAGGCUCAUGAUGGAAAUGUGGGACAACGAACGGAAGCAUUUAUGUGCAGCAUCUGCGAUGUUGGACGAGUAUCGGACACGGCCAUCUGCCUUAACGCCUGCGUGGGCAUUAGCUGGUCGAAUUCUAGGAGGAUUUACGGCAUUGCUUGGUGAAAAAAGUGCUAUGGCAUGUACAGAGGCAGUUGAGACUGUUAUCGGUGAACACUACGAUGAGUACGUGGCCCAUACGUUCCUGUAUCCAGCUAACCCCUUAGUCAACUUCUUCAUCUGGAGCAGAUUCGCGAGAAACUAA